GCUGGCCUCUGGAAUGGGCAGAUAUCACCAGCCCACAUUUCACCAUUGAUUUAUUUGACGAGCUCCAGCAAGAAGUGUGUAUGUUCGCCUGUCGUGGACACGAUGCUAUGCGGAGGUAAGGUGAUGGAAGAGGCCAGCAGGAUUCCAGUGGUGCUAAUUCAGCGGCUGUCAGGGUCCGUCCUAUCAUCAGUUCAGUAACGGUGCCCGUUCUCAUCCUGAAUCGUCAUGAAGCCAGUUCACGAGCGCAACCAGGAGUGCCUCCCUCCCAAGAAGCGAGACCUCCCUGUUAACAACAACAACAACACCUCCAUUAACACCAACAACAACAGCAGCAGUAGCAUCAGUGGCGGAGCGGGAGGCAGUGGCAUUGGGCCUGGAGGAGCAGGAGGAGGAGGAGGUGGUGAGGAUGCCCUAUCUUCACAAAGCUCUGGAGCAAGCGCAGAAUCCCAAAGCAGCGAGUGGGUGCGAGCACAGACAGGGGUGCAUUAUGGAGUGGAGAGUGCCGAGGGUCUUGUCGGGCUGCCCGUGGAUCAGUAUAGCAUGCUUUAUAAAGUAGCUCUGCCAACUGGCACCUACUCGCCAACCAGUCUGCAUCCCGUUCUUACCCAUGCCUACACCGUUCCCUCCCAGAUGUUGCAGCACACCAGCGUCUCCUACCCUCCCACGUUCCCACAUUCCUCCCUGCAAUUUGUCAACCCUCCAUACCCAACAGCGGUCCCUUACGCCGUGCCUCCGGGAUUUGUUCCUAGUUCCCUGAUACCGCCUCAGUCUGGCAUUUCGCAGCCGCAUUUGGUUCCAUAUCCAUCAGUUAUUCAGGAAGGAGUGGUUUCGUCCCAACCGCAGCCGCAGGUGUCGUCCCAUGCAUACACCAAAAUGUUAGCGCCUCUGGUUCUUUCUUCUGAGCAAGCGGCAACGCAAGUGCCAAUCGGGACUGUAGGGAUGCUCCCGACUGGAGAGCUCAGCUCGAGAGGCGUGCCUGUGUUUUACCACCCCGCCGUCAGGGGUGUGCAACCACACAGCAGCUCCCUGGAGCAGGACAGGGAGGUGAAUGGAGGAGACCGAGACCACGGCGGCAGGGAGAGUCAUCAAGAUGCAGUUUAUUCGGCUAGAAGUGUGCGGCUUAUGCAGACGACUGUGUUGGAGCCCCAGCAGGACAAGAGCUUGAAGAGCCGCAGGCCGGAGGGGAGACUGUCUCCUGGACAGAGCAGCACACCUGACACUGAUCUCGAGGUCCAGCAGGUGGUUGGACGACUUGCCUCUCCUGUCCACGGCUCAAGUCGCAAGGAAGCAGCGCACGUCCCUCUGAACCUGUCUCAGAGGAGCCGAGAGACUCCGGGCGAAGUCAGAACAGCAUAUGCAUUAAAUCCUGCUGAAUCCAGAGCUCAUCAACAGCAGAUUGUUCAACAAGGCCAUGCCGUGAUCCUGGCCAACGGACAGCCUGUUCUCGUACCAUUGGAUUAUCAUCAUCACCAACAACAGCAGCAUUAUCAACCCAAUGAUGUGGCCUCAGCAGCUAUCGUUGCCUCACCUGCAACAUAUACAAAAGCAAUGGAUGCAGCAGCUUGUCUCCCAGAGAGAGCAGUGGCAGAGCCACCUCCCCAACAGGGUCAGCAGCCAAUUUCUGCCCCAACUGCUGGUGCUUUUCCACAAGCUCCUCUGCUAGCAGGCACCGGCCCAUCGCACUUCAUGAAGGGCGCCAUUAUCCAGUUGGCUACAGGAGAGCUCAAGCGUGUGGAAGAUCUGCAGACUCAGGAUUUUGUACGGAGCGCAGAAAUGAGUGGCGGUCUAAAGAUCGACUCGAGUAUGGUGGUGGACAUCCGUGCUAGUCAACAGCGUCCCGGCCUAGUGGCACUGCAUUUCAAUGUAGGGGAGCAGCAGAGCAAAGUGACUAUAGAUGUUCCCCCUGAACACCCGUUUUUUGUUUACGGACAGGGUUGGUCGUCUUGUAGCCCUGAGCGGACUGCGCAACUGUAUGGUCUCACUUGCCACCAUUUGCAAGUGGGUGAUGUUUGUGUGUCCGUGACUUUGCAGCAGCAAGCUGCAUCACAGCAGAAACCACCACAGCAAGUGCUGGCCCGGACUCCCACCAAAGCCAACUCCACGUCAGGAGCCACACCUCAGCCUAUGGGCCCCCCUGCGCCCCAGCACACACCUCGGCCACAAAGCCACUUAAAGAUCCACAGAGAGAGGGAACGAGACAAGGAAGAGCCCAUGCAGAUUGGAGGAUCCAGACACAUUGACAUGCCCCCCAGACCAAACAGGACUUCAGCAGAGCACACGCAUAGCCAGAGCAAUUACUAUUUGCACACCGAGGGUCAUGCUCCUGGAGUGGGAGCCGCAUCCCAGAGGCGCUGGUCUGCCCCUGGCUUCCAAAGAUACAGCAUCAAGAAUGAGGAGGGAAGAUUAGUCUCCGCUGCCGCCUCUGGCUCCUCUAGGCCAUCAUUUAUCCCUCAGGAGGUCAAACUAUCUAUUGAGGGACGCUCGAAUGCCGGCAAGUAGCAGCCAACACAAAAAGAGAUUGUCUAUGGGAGCGAAGUGUCAGUGGGAUUUGAAAGAGGGAGCAUGGUUGGAGGGGGAGAGAAUGUAGCCUCAGAAUGUUUGAGAUUUUGCACAUAUUGGAAGAUUCCCCCUACUCUUCGGUUCUGGUCUCGAGUGGAGGACCUGUGCCAGGUUGUAGUCAGCAUUUGCAAUGAUAUGCAUGGGCAGCUUUAUCUGGUAAAAUCACGUACCAAAGCCUGCGUUGUCUGCGUGUUCCUGUGGGUGAAAUGUCAUGUUUGGCAGUGGUCACUUGCGCAAAGAAAUCUUGCGGUUCCUCGAGUAGAUGUUUAUUUCUGAAAGGCCAGGGAUAAGAAUGGGAUACAGCCAUAGAAUCUUGACAAGCCUUUACUAUAAUAAUAAUAAUCAUAUAUUUUAAAGAAGGACAAAAGAGGAUAGAUUGCUUAACAUCUUUUUUCCCUAAAAGACAGACUCUCUCUCUCUGAACGUUAACUGGUUCACUUGUUGUGCCGCCAGACUUUUAUUGGCUUAGACCUUAACGUGGACAGUUUUUAAUACGUCUCUCUCUAGAGGUGUGUUUUUCCUCACUUUCCUAUACUCUCGUCCUCUCUCUGCCUCUUCUCAGGGUGCUUCUGCUGAGGACUCCUUUCUAGUUUGGAGUUUGAGAACAGUUGCCCAAUGUCGUCACAUCAAUCAAUUGAUCCAACAAUCUUUCUACAAUCAGGAACUAUUUCCAGAUGAAGCCUAGCAUGCAUCUUAACCAUUGCAUUAAUGACUCCUCAGAGGUUUUUAGUUUUGAUUCUACAGUGGCUCUGAAUCUGCAUUCCAGUUUCAAUGUGAUCUCUCCUCAUCGACCUAUUGGAGUUAUCAUUUCCAAGUAUGGCUGGCCUAGGAAAACCACCUCUAAAUAGUACCUCAUGGUUGGAAGCAUCCUUCAGUCUGAUUAUGAACUUUAAAAAAAAAAUCCUACAUGGUUGUGCCCAUUCCCGGAGGCAACAUGUGGUGUCAGCCAAAAACAACCCUGCUUGGUAAGCUGAGACCAAAUGUGGAACAGGUUGUAGCCUUUUACGAAUGGCUAGUUCCUGUGGAAAUGGAUUAUUGCUCUGAAGCAUGCAGGUUUAAAUGAAGUCGUCCCAUUGGAAGCAUUUAGCACACACACACAAGUGUAGAUUCUCUGCUGUUGGGUGUGGACUGACCCUGCUCAGUUAUUGAAAUCAAAGCAAUAGUUGUGUCAGAACACAUUUCUCAUGUUUAUUUCUUUCCCAAUAUCCCGUACAAGAUAUAUUACUCCUCGUGUUUUGAUUUAUUAUUUUUCUAUGUGCAGCAGUUGCACUCUGUAUGUAGAGACCAUUUUAACCUUAUCCUGCACUUCUCUUGAUUCUUUUUAAGAUGAUGCAGUUUUACUUUGUGAUAAUCUUCAUUCUAACAGUUACUACAAGAGUUCAUUCAAGGCAUGCAAUUACCCCUAAAACUUCCAUUUAGGCACAUUUUAUUUCUGAUCGGUAGUGUUUUCAGAGAUGACUGAUGCGAAAUUGAGCUUUUCUAUAACAUCCACUGAUGAGGAUGUUUAAGAUCCUGGCCCUCACACUAUGUCCUAACCAGGUAUAAUAUAAUACUAGUGAAAAAAGUCGUUCAUUAUUUAUCUUGUCAAUUCUAGAGCCUUGUUACAUAAAUGUUGCAACAAUUCUAAGGUUUUCAAAACGCGUCGCAAUUCUUUCUUGAAUCUAAUCUGAGUUUAGUUUUUAACAAUAGAUGGCGCUGUAUGCUUUACAAAAAGCCGUAUACUGCUUGCAUGCAAUUCCUUGCAAAUACCACAUCAGUCGAUCAUAUUCAUUAAUAAAGUUAGGAAAGUUAAGCAAAUUUUCAAAUGUGUUCCUUGUGAGCUGUGUUUGCAUUAAUCUCUUGGCGCUCUUCCAUGUAAGCAUUUGAGUGUAUGGUUAAACUAGUCUAGAGUGCCAUCUGCUGUUUAAAACUAGCCUAGAGCAACUCAGAUGUUUAAAACUAGCCUAGAGCACCAUCUGUUGUUUAAAACUAGCCUAGAGCGCCAUCUGCUGUUUAAAACUAGCCUAGAGCAACUCGGAUGUUUAAAACUAGCCUAGAGCGCCAUCUGUUGUUUAAAACUAGCCUAGAACCAGAUCUCCUGUUUAAAACUAGCCUAGAGCGCCAUCUGCUGUUUAAAACUAGCCUAGAGCGUCGUGCUCUGUUUAAAACUAGCCUAGAGCGCAGUCUGCUGUUUAAAACUAGCCUAGCACCAAAUCUGCUGUUUAAAACUAGCCUAGUGUGCCAUCUGCUGUUUAAAACUAGCCUAGUGUCGUCCGCUGUUUAAAACUAUCCCUAGAACCCAAUCUGCUGUUUAAAAGUAGCAUAGAGCGCCAUCUGUUGUUUAAAACUAGCCUAGAACCAAAUCUGCUGUUUCAAACUAGCCUAGUGUGCCAUCUGUUGUUUAAAACUAGCCUAGAGCGCCAUCUGCUGUUUAAAACUAGCCUAGAGCAACUCGGAUGUUUAAAACUAGCCUAGAGCGCCAUCUGUUGUUUAAAACUAGCCUAGAACCAGAUCUCCUGUUUAAAACUAGCCUAGAGCGCCAUCUGCUGUUUAAAACUAGCCUAGAGCGUCGUGCUCUGUUUAAAACUAGCCUAGAGCGCAGUCUGCUGUUUAAAACUAGCCUGGCACCAAAUCUGCUGUUUAAAACUAGCCUAGUGUGCCAUCUGCUGUUUAAAACUAGCCUAGUGUCGUCCGCUGUUUAAAACUAUCCCUAGAACCUAAUCUGCUGUUUAAAAGUAGCAUAGAGCGCCAUCUGUUGUUUAAAACUAGCCUAGAACCAAAUCUGCUGUUUCAAACUAGCCUAGUGUGCCAUCUGCUGUUUAAAACUAGCCUAGUGUCGUCCGCUGUUUAAAACUACCCCUAGAACCCAAUUUGCUGUUUAAAACUAGUCUAGCGCGCCGUCUGCUGUUUAAAAGUAGCCUAGAACCCAAUCUGCUGUUUAAAACUAGCCUAGAACGCUGUCUGCUAUUUAAAAGUAGCCUAGAGCACCGUCUGCUGUUUAAAACUAGCCUAGAGCGCCGUGUGCAGUAAAAAAAAAUAACCUUGAAAUCGAUUAAAGAGAGAAUAAUGAUGCAUUUUGAUGCAAAUCUCUUGAGUUUUUGCAGAAUUUCUCACUUUUUUUGGGGGGGACCCAUUUAAUUGGUCCUGAACUUUUCCAUAGGUCAUACAUUUGGAUGGACAAAUUAAUCGCUUUUGGAAACUUAUCAUAUCAUCCCUGGUUGGGACUGGUGUUGAACCAUAAGCUCAUCUCUGGAACUAGCUUUAUUAAUCCCGUUUGUAGUUUGUGCUGAGGUUCUUACUUGGUUUCAGUAAUUGUUGAACUCUUGUACAGUGUUGCGUUCUGUCUCUCUUCUUGGCAAUAUUACCCACGAGUGAUUUUGAAAACUUGUACUGCAGGUCUUGUAUUGCACAGAUAAGUUCGAUUGAUUCACACUGACUCUUUAACAGGAAUCAGAUAUGAUGUGUUUUAUUGUUUAUUUUCUUUAAUAAUGAAGGGAAAAUGGUUGUGUUGUUUUUGAAGUAUUGAGUAUUGUUGGUGGCGUUUCAGCUCUUGAGAAACUGACAGGCAAGGUUGACACUGUUUACACAUUAGCCAAGAGAAAAUGCUGCAGUUUCACUUUUCGUAGUUACUGAACAUUUUCAGAUGGAUUGAAAUUAUGACUUAAGUGCAAUUAGACCAAAUAUCAUAAACAUUAGGAUGUUCAUGUUUUUAUUUCAAAACAGCAUUCCAGAAAGAGCCUGACAUUCCCGCUUUUUUGUUGUUGUUCUCUAUGUAUGGUUUCUCUUUUCCCUCAAUGUUUUAAUGCCUCUUACUACUAAUCAGAUGCAACUGUUUAUUUUUUAAUUUUGGCCCUAGUUCUUUCACAAGACCUUUGAUAUUUCUGUGUUGUUGGCUCCUGCUGGGCUCUCCGUGUUUGGACUAGAAUUUAGUUAAACCGUUUUGGAUUCUCACUGUCUCUCAAGGCUUUAAGAGAAGUUGCUUUUAGGUAAAGAAUAUAAUAUAUUUUUUUAAGUAAGUGUAGCGCUAGCACUCAACUGGUUACAUGACUUCCUUCAGACGGCAUCAACCUCAACGAUACCACAUGUCUUUGCAGUUCUCGAACCUCUAUGGUCUAUCUCAAACCUCUAAUGGUCCAAUAGCCAUUUAUCCCACGGGAUAGUCCUUGCGUUUCAGCAUUACCAACAAGUCUGAUUCAAAUUAAAUGAAGAAAUGGCAAUGUGUCUAUCGAGUAUGAGAGUAUUUGGGUUUUGAUCACCCUAGACUGGUUUAAAUCACUUGUUUUUAUGAAGCAUUUCAUGAACGUCGUCUGUUGGUAUUUUGUUUGGAGACAUCCUGUUCCUUGUUAAAAGGAGUCCCACUUUCGUGCUAUUUAUACUCUGGUGUCAAAUCUAGUUCAUGAUAUUUCUUCCUUCCCCUGUCCCCUUUGUCCCAGAACGUUUCUGUGGCACUUUGGACCCCUUUAGAAGGACGUUUUGUUGUUGUUAAUCACUUCAUUGUGGAAAAGCCAGCCUGGAGUGAACAGUCCAAAAUUGCCAUCCGGAGAAAAAUCUUCCUAAAUUGAAAUAGUAACUGCUUUAACCGGCCUGUUCUGGACUGCAGGUCUCUAGCCAUUCAGGUGGAUUUGGUUUGCUAAUUUUAAAGCAUUUUUAGGGCAAAGUUGGUUGGUCGACAGCUUUGACUGGUUUAAGUUGUUAGGUUGUUCCAGGGAAAUAAAAUCUAUAUAUAUAUGAAACUAUUUGUUAUACAAAUUAGGAUCUAUUCCAUCGUUUAAGUAUUAGGUUUGAAUUGAAGCAAUACUUGACUCGAAUUAGCAGAAAGAUACAGCUUUAGCAUGAGCUAUGCAGUAGAGACUCAGUCAGCACCCUAUGCUUAUUAAUGCAGUUUCGACACUCAAAACUCACCAGUUUAUCUGUGGUUUGUUCACAUUUCAAGACGCGUCUGAUAUCGUUGAGCAUUCUAUAUAUUUUUUUCUCUUGUAACCCACAGGCUUGGUGACCUUUAUGGUAGUGGUUAGUUAUCUCACUACCUAGUCACAUGACUUGAAGCUUAUCUAGUGUCGCUUGUUUGGUGCUGUACGUUUCUUUCCCCAUCAGCAAUGGUGCACUGUUCUCAGUCUUCUCAAAUGCACUGCCUUACCAGCCGUCUCUCAUCGAGAUUAAAUCUGAAUCGUUUGCGGCGGAGACUCUACUGAGUUUGCUUUCAUUAGGAACUGAGCUACUACCCCGUGCACUGUAAAACAAGAGAAACUGAUGCUAUGUUUGUGCCUUCCCGAUGUCUUAACUUUACUCUGAUCUGUCUUAAGCUUUGUUCUCUGGGAGAUGUGUGUGUCCAUUUGGCUCAUCACAAACGUGAAACCCUUCAGUGCUGUUGAGGGCGGUCUGAACUUCCAGCCAAGUUUUGUGGCAUCCCAAAGACCAAAAUGUAAUGUAACAAGUUAGCACAAAUUAGUAAUGGUUUUUGUAGGCCAACCUGGAAGUUUGCAUCACCCUGAUUUGCCCAACAAAACUUAAUACAAUGUUUUAAUUGGUUUGUGGAUUAUUGCAUAAAAUAAGUUCUAUGCCCAAACGAAGUUGCAUUCAGGUUCAGUUUUCCCAUUAUUAUCAUCAUUUUGGCCCCAGUGCCGCAUCCGAGACAUUGGUCUUUGGGUUGUUGAAUUACAUUUUUAAAAAUUUUAAUAAGUGCAAUUAUAUUAUUUAAUAAAAUAAUAAAUAAUUAUUAGAAGACACUCUCAGUUCAGUUUUUGGCCAAGUGCAUCCAGAAAUUUCCUUUCAGUGCUUCUCUAGUUCUGUCGCUUCUGUGAUGUUGACCGAUACUUUUAAAAAAUGUUUGGUUUUUUUAACCCAGCAAUGGGUCAAACAUGAACAAAAGCAAUCGUUAAAAGUGUCAUUUAAAGUUAAUUGGAAAAAAUGAACCCAGUCAUGGGUUUGUCCAUAUUUGACCCAACAUUGAGUUCAAACGACCCAAAGUUUGAUUGUUUUUUUUUUUUAAGAGCAAAGAAGGUUUUCCAUGCACCGCAUUUAUGGCGAAGUGAGAGAUGAUGCUACAUUCUAAAAAAUGUUGGAUUAUUUUAACCCAUACUGGGUAUAAUAUGAAUAAACUAAACUGCUGGGUAUUAUUAUUAAAAUUUAGUUAUUAGCCCAAUAAAUGAAGUUGCAUUCAGAUUUAGAUGAAGCGUCCAGACAAAGUCUAGCAUAUUUAAUUUUUUACAACCACGACUCGUUCACUGACAGUAAAAUGUGGUUAUUUUAGUGGCUUGUGUUUUUAAAUGUCAGUAUAAUUCAGGUUGUUGAAUUACAUUUUAAAGUCUUUAAUUAUAUUAUUUAAUAAAAUAAUAAAUAAUUAUUAGAAAGCACUUUCAGUUCAGUUUUUGGCCAAGUGCAUCCAGAAAUUUCCUUUCAGUGCUUCCCUAGUUCUGUCGCUUCUGUGAUGUUAACGAUUCUCUUUAAAUAGGUUUGGUUUUUUUAACCCAGCAUGGAUCAAACAUGAACAAACCAAACAGUUAAAAGUGUCAUUUAAAGUUAAUUGAAAAACAUGAACCCAACCAUGGGGUUGUCCACAUUUGACCCAACAUUGAGUUAAAACAAAUCAGUGUUUGUUUGUUUUUUAGAGUGUAAGAGCAAGGACCCAAUGUUGGGUCAAACAUGAACAAACCCAACCGUUAAAAGUGUCAUUUAAAGUUAAUUGAAAAAAUUUACCCAUGCAUGCGUUUGUUCAUAUUUGACCCAACGUUGAGUUAAAACAACCCAGCAUUUGUUUUUGUUUUUUAGAGUGUAAGAGCAAAGAAGGUUUUUUUUAAGUGCAUGGCGAAGCGACAAAUGAUGCUACAUUCUAAAAAGUGCUGGGUUAUUUCAACCCACACUGGGUAUAAUAUGGAUAAACUAAACUGCUGGGUAUUAUUUAAAUGUAAUUAAUAGGCCAAUUUUAACCCGAUGGUUGGGUUUGUGCAUAUUUUACCCAAAUUUGGGUUGAAAUAACCCAGCAUUUUGUUGUGUAGAGUGCAGAUAGAAUUAUGUAACAAACAUCAUCUUAAUUGCAUCACUCGCAUAGUUAAAAAGGCAAAUGAAGCACCACGCAUCUUAUGUUUUUGUCCACAACACAGCAAGUAAAAAUGGAUUCAAAUUAGAGCUAGAAUACUUUGCAGGAGCGCUGUUAAAAACACAGUAAGGCUGUAAAAGCAACUAGUAAGUCGAUGAGUUUACAUGGCGGUUUUGCUUUGCUUAAAGGGAUAGUUCACCCAAAAAAGAAGCUAUUCCACUGUUUACUCCCCCUCAGGUAGUUUAAACCUUUACAAGUUUCUUUCUUCUGUUGAAAACAAAAGAAGGUAUGUUGAAUAAUAUUAGAAACCUGUAAUCAUUGCUUUCCAAAAAAAAAUGGUUACCAGUUUCAGCAUUUUUCAAAAUAACUUCUUUUUUUUGACAGAAUUUUCAGUUUUGGGUGAACUAUCCCUUUAAAUGCCUCCAAUAAGAUCUGUGGGUAACCCAAACUAAAUAUUUGACAAGACAAACAAGACAUGAGAUGUGAUUUCUAAAGCUUUUACUUGUCUUGAAUGGGACUUUAACAUAUGUUGGCCAUUAACCACAGAUCUUAUUAGAGGCAUUUAAAGGGAUAGUUCACCCAAAACAGAAAAUUCUGCCAACAAAAGAAGUUAUUUUGAAAAAUGCGACAUGCUACGAAUUUCCUUAUUUAGGCCUACAAAACAUUAGCCGCGUUUCCACUAUCGCGCCUAAAGCGAGCGAGCCAGGGCGAGCCAAGGCCAGUCGCGUUUCCACUAUCACUUCCGGGCCAAAGCGGGGCUUCCUUGGGGCCAGCGUCCGGCCUUUUUCGGCCCGCCGAAUACCUUGGGCCAAGGAGGGCCAACUGGGGCUUCGGGGCGGGGUUACGUACAAAGGCGGAGUUUUCCUGUCAGGUAAAGAGGAGACAAGAUGCUUUCUUCCCUUACAUUUGUUUUGCUAACGUCGUUCUCGUCGCUCGGCUGCUCUUUUGCGCCUUGCAGCCAAAAUCUGUGUUCGAAGUAAAUGCCGCCGAACUCGAAUGUCCUUAUCCAGGGAUCGCUGUCUGGCCUUACACCAACAGACCACAAACAGUAAAAAAGCAAUCGCUUCUGUGUUCUCCAUCUUCCAGCUCUCGUAGUGAUGCCAGGUUGUGUUUGUGGUUAUAAUUUGAGUUUUUUGUUCCCGCUGAAGUGGGCGGGUUGUGUGACGGCUUGUGUGACGGUUGAUUCGGGGGACGUUCUGGGGGCGGUGUUUGCGUGACGCACUGCGAGCAACUAGCCCGACAGUGGAAACGCGACAUGAUUUCGGCCUCAUUUCUCAACCUCCCGGGCUAUUGGCCCGGCCUGGCCCGAUUAAAGCCCUGGCUCGUACUGGCCCGAUAGUGGAAAUGCGGCUAUUGCAUCACUGCUGCAUAAACCGUUUAUCGAUGCAAGUUUAGCUUUUGGGUGGGGAUGUAUAAAAUAGCAACUAUUUUAUUUUUUAGAUAUGAGGUCAAUUUGGCAUUGAUUUUUCAUCGAUAACAGCACUGAAGGGUUUAUUUUGAGCUACAUUCCAAUAGAUGGUAGUAAGCUUCUGCAUUUCCUUCUCUCUACGGAUGUGUGAAAAUUAAUCAAAUCAUAUCCUUACCUCACUUUUGUAUACAUGUUGAGUACAGCGCCCCCUUGAUAAAAGCAUGUCAUCUCCCUAUAAUGAUCAGGGCACCUGCACACUAGAGUGGAAAUGUAUUUUAAGUGAGUUAAAAGUUGGAUUAGAGUUUGCAAUACACAAAGUGUUGAUUAAUGAGUAAUAGUGACUAUCCGCAUACAAAAUAAAAGUUGUGUUUACAUAAUAUAUAUUUA